UUCUAUGUGUUGGGACCCAUACAUGAGGAGGAGGUAGGUUUGGCUGAUUUUGUGCCCCAGUAUCUGGAAGGGGGUGUGUUUAGGAAACCUAAGUUCGAGUCUCAGUCUUGUGUAUUACGGAAUGCCUCAAAAUGGUUGUCCGAAAACCCGGAGAUUAACUUUUGUAGUGCGAUGUCAUUGGAUGUGAAACUCAAGUCAAUGGUAUCGAUUGACAUUAAGCGGAUGUCCGUCACGCGAGGGACCGGAGAUUUCAUACGAAUCCUUCGCAUAGUGUAUACCAAACCCCGGGAGGUGUCGGCAGACAUACCUAUCAGCUCAACGCUACCACCGCCUCCGCCCGUAUACCUCGAGCACCGGGUGUUUGUCUUACAUAAGGACUAUUCAGAAAUUAAAUAUGCAAUCAAUGACUUCAUGGGAAGGGAUGAGUGGCGGACAGCACAGGAACCGUACAAAUGGCUGCUCUUGAGCUGCGAAACGGUUCCCGUGUUUGCCAACAAUGGUCUCAAAUCAACGCUCGAGAAAAACAGCGAUCAGUCCUUUCAGACACUACUGUCCUCUACGUACACACUCUCUUGUUCAGAGUAUUUUGCAUUUGAACUCUAUUACGAUGUCGGAUACUAUGGUGUCGAUCACCUUGAUACUAUUAAAUUGGAUGAUGAUGAUAAAGAGAGUCAGAGCACCUGUUAUUUAAUA